AGACAGGACGAGUGACAACUAAGAGUGAUGUGUACAGCUUCGGAGUGAUUCUAAUGGAGCUGAUUACAGGAAGAAAGGCACUAGAUCAGACCCAGAAGGAGGAGAGUGUUCAUCUCGUCACAUGGUUCCGCAGAAUGCAUAACAAGAAGGACACAUUCCGGAAGGCUAUUGACCCAAAAAUUGAUCUUGAUGAAGAAACGGCAUUUUCCGUUGCCAGUGUCAGCACUGUUGCUGAGCUGGCUGGACACUGCUGCGCAAGGGCUUCAUCUCAGAGACCUGACAUGGGUCACGCCAUCAACGUACUCUCAUCUCUCACCGAGCUUUGGAAACCAUCAGACCCUGAUGCUGAUGACAUUUAUGGAAUCGACUUUGAUAUGACACUGCCACAAGCAGUCAAGAAGUGGCAGGCUCUGGCUACGUCUUCAUCAGCUUUACUUGGCAGCGGUGACAAUAGCCAAUCGGUCAUUUAAGGGUUCAUUUGCAUCUGCAGAUGGGAGGUUAGAGACUAACUGAAAAAAACAAGACUGCAGUGUGAGUAGAGUUAUUAUUGAUGGAUGGUUCUUGUUGAGAUAUGUUUGUUCAUUCUCCAGUGGGUUGUUGAUUUAAUCUUUGAACAACUUUUUUUACUUUUCUUUUGUUAUAUGUUCUUAAAAGU